GAGCGUCACAGCUGUAGAAAUUGGGUAGGCACACGAUUUUUUACUAGGUUGAAUGACCCGCUAGCGAGAUAGCACCAACUCGUCGUCGAGCAAAAUGGCGGACGGGCCUUCGCCCAUCCGCAUAGUGCUUUGGAAUGAUGGUGGCGAGUCUCUAGCAGCGGGCGUGGAGGAUGAGGAGCAGCAGCAAGUGCUGCACUCGUUCGCCGACCUAGUAGGGAGCGCGAUCGACGCAGUGCUGGAGCUGCCCCAGUUCAGGCACGUCGAGGCGGUGACGGCGGAGGCAGAGGAGGACGAGCCCGGCCUUUCGAUCGGCUUUGACGCGGGGAGUGGGGAUGGCGAGGUCGACAUUGACAACCUCAAAGGGCGGCUUGACAUCGCCGGCCUGCUGCUCGGCUCGGCGCAGCUCCCAGAGGAGCUGGCGGAGGUGGCCGCGGUGGAGGUGACGGACGAGGAGGAGGGCACCACGGAGCUGCAGUUCACGGACGAGGGGCUGGUGCAGCAGCUGCAGGCGGUGGUGAAGCGCGCCAAGCUGGAGAAGCGCUACAACGACUGGGUGGCCGGCGUGGCGGAGUCGCUGGGACCGGCGCUGGACGCGGCGGCGGGCGGCGUGGAGGUGACGGAGAUGCCGGUGGACCCCUACGACGUGCUGCAGGCGGUGGUGGCGCAGCUCAUCCGCGUGGCGGGUGUGUCGCCGCCGGCUCCCAGCCUGUUCAGCCGCACGGGCGCGCUAGUGGGCGGUGUGCUGGGCGCUCCGCGGUCGGCGGUGCGGCAGGUGACCAAGCGGCUGGGCCGCGCGCAGCGGCUGUGGUGGCGGCUGGAGGACGUGGUGGUGGACGGCUCCAAGCUGGCGCUGAGGCUGGCGGUCAAGGCCGCGCGGCCGGUGCUCGUAGGCUUCGUGCUGCACCGCGUGCUGAAGACGCUGGACCGCAGCCGGCAGCUGGAGUACCGGCUGGCGCGCAUGGGCCCGGAGGAGGCGCGCGAGGCCUACUACGAGGCGGUGCUGGGCAAGGACUGGAAGCAGCAGCUGCAGGCGGACUGGGACAAGGCGCUGGAGGACGUGGACGCAGGGCUGGUCACGGACGAGAUCAACCACGAGAAGCGGCUGAUGACCGCGGCGCAGCUGCGGCGGCUGGAGGUGGAGGAGUGGGACAAGCAGCGCAUGAAGAACUUCUACCUGGCGUCCUUCGGCGGCCUGCGCUGGUUCGACCAGAUGGAGCAGGCGCUGCACAACCCGCUGUUCAUCGAGAGCCGCGGCUGGACGGACCCGGUGCAGAACUGGGUGGGCCAGAACCGCACCUACAUGGACGACCUGCCGGCGGGCCAGUACAUGGCGGGUGUUGGCAACGCCGCCAUCCGCAUCAAGGAGGCCGAGCUCAAGCGCAAGCUCACGGACGUCGAGCGCGCGCACGUCCUGGCGCGCGGCGGCGCCGUGGCGGGCGGCCUGCUGCCGCAGCAGCCCACCGACCCCGCCACCCUGGCCGUGGCCGUGGGCGGCGCCUUCGUGCCCUCGGUCGCGGGCAAGCGCUGAGUGUGCUCUGGUGCGAGCGGAGCGGAUAGCGGCCAUACGCAUGGCGCGUCACCUGCCCGUAUGCAUGGGGCGCCUGCGCGUGUUUGCGGGGUUGAGCUUGGCGUUGUGUAUGUGCCGGGUGGUAGCGGCAUCGGGUGGUGUGGGCCCACGCGGCAGCGUGGGUUGUGGGUGUUGGGUCGGAAGACGGCGCGUUGCUGACGGCGGCGCCCAGUGCGCCUUGGUCGCGUCUGGCGGCUUCUGACGCUGUGUGCGUGUGUUGUAGUGGGACUUGCGGGACCUGCUUUGCUUUUGUUUCGGACCGGGGCAUGUAAUGAUACGCCCUGGAAUUUUAAAAGACGCCAGCUGGGCAGGCCGCCAGGGCGGCGGCUGUUUGGCCCCAGCAAGGAGUGACAAGCCACGCGGCAUUUCCGUUUUUGAAAUGCCUUUUUACUUACGCUUCUGAGACGAUUGCCAGCAUGGCAGAGGCCGGCGAAAAGCUGUAAGUCGACCAGUUC